AUGGAGAAGGAUGAGCUGCAGACGGUGGAGGUUUCUUACCCUGACAAUGAGCCGAAUUCCUCAGACAAAGGCUCCCAGGCAGCAUUUCAGCGCGGGGCUGGGGCUGCGGGGGGACCGGGGCUGCCCUACCUGGGGGUGAUGGAGCUGAGCCGCGGGUUCAGGGCGGCCACGAUCCCGGAGGGGGCACGGAGACACGGACCCUGGUUCAAAAGCACCUCCAAGGGGCCGGCGGAAAGGGGCAAAGGAGGAGACUACGGCAGCAACCGGAGCCGGGUGCUCAGGGGCAGGAGCGGCCGUGAGAAGGAGGAGGACAGAGCGAGGUACAUCGGCUGCUACGUGGACAACACCCGGCGGCGGGCGCUGCGUGGCGUGUCCUUCUUCGACUACAAGAAGAUGACAGUGUUCCGUUGCCAGGACAACUGUGCCGAGCGGGGCUACCUCUACGCAGGGCUGGAAUUCGGUGCCGAGUGUUACUGUGGGCACAAGAUCCAGGCGCCGAACGCCAGCGAGUCCGAGUGCAACAUGGAAUGCAAGGGAGAGAGGAGCAACCUGUGCGGCGGCGCCAACCGCCUCUCCGUGUACCGCCUGGAGCUGGCCCAGGAGUCCGCCCGCAGAUAUGGCAGUGCCAUAUUCCGGGGGUGCUUCCGCCGGCCGGACAACGUCUCCAUCGCCUUGCCCGUCAGCCAGGUCAUGCUGAACAUGUCAGUGGACAAGUGUGUGGACUUCUGCACGGAGAAGGAGUACCCGCUGUCAGCCCUGGCUUGGACCUCCUGCCACUGCGGUUUCCCCACCACACUCUUCACCCUGCACGAGCGUGAGGACGAGCAGCUGUGUGCCCAGAAGUGCCCCGGUGAGGAGUUCGAGAGCUGCGGCAGCGCCGAGUUCCUCCUGGUCUACCAGACCCAAGUGCAAGACAACCGCUGCAUGGACAGGAGGUUUCUUCCCAGCCGUGCCAAGCAGCUGGUGGCCCUGGCCAGCUUCCCUGGGGCUGGCAACACCUGGGCACGUCACCUGAUCGAGCUGGCCACCGGCUUCUACACCGGCAGCUACUACUUUGACGGGUCUCUCUACAACAAAGGGUUCAAGGGCGAGCGGGACCACUGGAGAAGUGGGAGGACCAUCUGCAUCAAAACCCAUGAAAGUGGCCAGAAGGAGAUCGAAUCCUUCGACUCAGCCAUCCUGCUCAUCAGGAACCCCUACAAGGCUCUGAUGGCCGAGUUCAACCGCAAGUACGGGGGACACAUCGGCUUUGCUGCUCAUGCCCACUGGAAGGGCAAAGAGUGGCCAGAGUUUGUGGCCAACUACGCCCCGUGGUGGGCGACCCACACCCUGGACUGGCUGCGCUACGGCAAGAAGGUGCUGGUGGUUCACUUUGAGGACCUGAAGCGGGACCUGUUCGUGCAGCUGCAGCGGAUGGUGGGGCUGCUGGGCAUCAGGGCCUGCCAGGACAGGCUGCUCUGCGUCGAGGGACAGAAGGACGGCAACUUCAAGCGGUCUGGCUUGAGGAAGUUGGAGUACGACCCCUACACCCCCGAGAUGAGGAAGGUGAUCAGUGGGUACAUCAGAACGGUGGACGCGGCUCUGAAGCUCCGCAAUCUCUCGGGGGUCCCGGAUGACUAUUACCCAAGGUGAUGGUGAUGGUGGCUGGGGGACCUGACCCUGCGUGGCGAGGAAGGGCUGGGGUCUUCCCGGCCUCUGCCUACUUCCACCCAGUGGGUGGCUUUUCUUGGAAUUCUCCAUCUGCUGCUCUUAGCUGUUCAUCAACUCCCUGCAU